AUGGUUCUCAACAACUUCAAGUCAUAUGCUGUCGUAGGUCCAAAUGGGUCAGGAAAAUCCAAUGUCAUUGAUGCCCUUCUAUUUGUAUUUGGAUACAGAGCUAACAAAAUGCGACAAGGCAAACUCUCAGAACUAAUUCACAACUCUACCAAGUACCCCAAUCUUGACUCAUGCUCUGUAGAAGUUCAUUUCCAAGAAAUCAUUGAUGGUGAUAAACCUGGCAAGUUCGAUUCUGUACCAAAUUCUCGUCUGGUGGUAUCUCGUCAAGCGUCUAGGAACAAUAGCAGUAAAUACUAUAUCAAUCAAAGGUCAAGCAACUAUGCCGAGGUCACUACGCUAUUACGUGGGAGAGGGAUUGAUUUGGAUCACAAACGAUUUUUGAUCUUACAAGGUGAAGUGGAAUCGAUUGCAUUGAUGAAGGCUAAAGCAAAGGACGAACAUGAUGAUGGUUUACUGGAAUAUUUGGAAGAUAUUAUUGGAACUUCAAAGUACAAGGAAUCCAUUAUGCAAGCUGGUGUCAGAUUAGAAGAAUUCAAUGUUAUACGUGCUGAAAAACUCAACCGUGUCAAGCUUGUGGCAAGAGAAAAGGAAAAUCUCGAGGACAAGAAACUGGAAGCUGAAAAUUACUUGGAAAAUGAAAAUGAAUUAUCAAAACGAAAAAAUGAACUCUAUCAAGUAUACCGUUACGAAGCGCAGGUCAAUAUGGAAGUCGCUGGAAAGGCUGUUGAUGAACUGAAAGAAAAACUCAAAGAAGAUGAAUCACAAAAUGCACAAAUUGAGCAAGAAAUCACUGCUAGCAAACGUUUAUAUGAAGAAAAAGUCAAAGAAUUCAAAGUUUUGGAAACUGAACAUUCCCAAGUGGUGGCAAGACAUGCUAAAAUCGAAAAGGACGAAGUGGAACUGCGAGCUAAAAAGGAUCACUUACAAAAACGACAAGAAAAAGGCAAAGCAUCUAUUGAAUCGGAUCGUACUGCUUUGACCAAUGCAAAAGAGAAUAUCAAGAAAAACACUGAAGAAAUUGAAAAAAGAAAGAAAGAUCUCAAGGCUCUGGAAAAGCAACAAAAGGAAGAGGAUCAGAAAUUGGAUGAGAUUAACCGCGAGUUACAAGGAAAAACGGAAGGUUUUAUGGCACAAAUUGAAGAACAUCAAAAGCAGCUGGCUCCUUGGACUGAAAAGAUCAAUGAAAAGAAGAAAGAUAUUGAUGUGAAUAAAUCAGAAAGCGAUAUUUUGGCAAAUCGAAUCUCUUCUGGUGCUAAAGCGGAUGCUGAUGAAAAAGAAGCUUUGUACAGAAAAGAUGUUGCUAUUGCUCGACAAAAGGCUGAAGAAGCAAAGGCAUCCAUGCAGCAAUCACAGUCCAGGGGCAAGGUAUUAGACAGCUUAUUGAGAAUGCGUGAUUCUGGCCGUAUUAAAGGGAUCUAUGAUCGACUGGGUAACUUGGGUGUCAUUGAUGACAAGUAUGAUGUGGCGAUCUCUACUGCCUGUCCUGCUCUUGACAACAUUGUGGUAGAAACAGUGGAAGCUGGUCAAGCGUGUAUCGAAUAUCUUCGUAAGAAUAAUCUUGGUCGUGGUGUAUUUACAGUAUUGGAAAAACUACAACGUCAAGAUAUGCGUCCUAUUGAUACUCCAGAAGAUGUUCCAAGAUUAUUCGACCUGGUGACAUCUCGUGAUGAGAAGUUUGCUCCUGCUUUUUAUAGUGUUCUCCGUGAUACCCUUGUAGCCAAUGAUUUGCGACAAGCGAACCGUAUUGCAUUUGGUAAAAGACGAUGGCGCGUAGUUACCUUGGAUGGCAAGUUGAUCGAAAAAUCUGGUGCGAUGACAGGUGGUGGCAAUCGUCAACUUCGUGGUGCCAUGAGUUCACAAUUCAAGAAUGAUGAUGUGAAUCCUGAACUAGUGGCUUCUCUGGAAAAGGAACGUAAUGAUUUGGAAAUGGAAUAUCGUAAUAUUCAAGAAGAAAAGCGUGCCCUGGAUUUGGUACUUCGAACAAAAAAGUCAACUCUGCCAAAGAAAGAAGUGACACUGGAAAAGUUACAAAUGGAUGCUCGAAGUCUGGAUACACAAUUGCAAGAUGAUACCAAGAGACUAGAGGAACUCAAAGCGCAAAGUCAACCAAGUCCACAAGAUGUACAACGAUUGGAGGAAAUCAAUCAAACCAUUGAACGCUUGACUGGAGAAAUGGAAGAACUCAAGGCAAAGACAACAUCUAUUCAAGAAACAAUCGAAUCCUUACAUGAAGAAAUCUUAGAUGUUGGUGGUAUGGAUUUACGACUUCAAAAAAUUGUGGUGGAUGAUGUUCGCAAGCGCAUCGAUGGUCAUAACGAUAAACUCACCAAAUGUGCUGUACUUAAAGCAAAAGCCGAAAAAGAUGUUCUCAAGUUGGAAGACAACAUCAAGAAAACCGAAACCGAAAUUGAAAAGAUGAUGGAAGGACUUGCUGAUUUGGAUCGUCAACUGAUAGCAAGUACAACAACUGCUGCUGAAAUUUUGGAUGAAGCUGACCGAGUGAAAAAGGUCAAAGAAGAGAAGAAAGAAUCCAUGGACGCAAUGAAGAAGGAAUUGGAUGAAAAGACAGAAAAGAUCAACGAAUUCAGACGGGCAAGGAUGGAAAUCAGUAAUCAACUUGACGACUAUCAACGAACCUAUAAUGAUAAUAAAAAGAAAGCGGAACAUUGGUCUGAUCAACAGUCAAAACUGACCAUGCAUAGGCUAUGGAAUGACGAGAAUGAUCACACCACUCUACCUAUAUACGACGUGGAAAAAAUCAAGGCAUUUCAAAGUGAUAAACAGGCCAUCAAGGGGGAGAUUGCUGAAAUCGAAGCUUUUGUCCAAAGUGCCAAACCGAAUUUGUCAGUUCUCGAAGAAUAUCGCCGGCGUGAUGAAGAAUAUAAGGAACGUGCGACUGAUUUGGAAAGUAUUACAAUGAAACGGGAUCAAGUCAAAAAUGAAGUAGAUACUUUACGAAAGCGACGUCUGGAUGAAUUUAUGCAUGGAUUUAAUAUCAUUUCUCAAAAACUCAAGGAAAUGUAUCAGAUGAUUACUCUGGGUGGCAACGCUGAACUGGAAUUAGUCGAUAGUUUGGAUCCUUUCUCUGAAGGUAUUGUGUUUAGUGUGAUGCCUCCAAAGAAAAGCUGGAAAAACAUCUCCAAUUUGUCUGGUGGGGAAAAAACUCUUAGUUCCUUGGCUCUUGUGUUUGCCCUACAUCACUUCAAACCUACGCCUCUCUAUGUAAUGGACGAAAUCGAUGCCGCUUUGGAUUUCAGGAACGUGUCUAUUGUCGCCAACUAUAUUGCCGAACGAACAAAGGAUGCCCAGUUUGUUAUCAUCAGUCUACGCAAUAAUAUGUUUGAACUGGCCGACCGUCUAGUGGGCAUAUAUAAAACCAACAACUGUACUAAAAGCAUCGCCAUCAAUCCUUCUAUGAUCGCUACUCUCUCAGCAUUAACCAACGAUGAUAACAAACAACAACAGCAACAACAACAACAGCAGCAGCAGAAAGAGCAACGAUGA